AUUAAGAUAACGUACUUCAUUAAUCAAUGAAUAUCCAUCUAUAAUAAACUGAUUAUUUAAAUAGGAUUCUACUAUUUUAAAAUAUUCCAGAAGAAAAAUCAUAUUUAUAUUGUAUAACAAUAGCAAAAGUUGUUCAUUAUUGAAACUGUAUUUCAAAUCAGUGGUCAAACACAAUGUCUUCUAGAAGGAAACGCCUUCUAGAAGGUAAUACUAAUACUACUACUACUACUACUACUAAUAGUAGUAGUAGUAGUAAAUAUUUACAAAAUAAUGAAAUUGAAUCUAUAAACUAUUAUCAUUUAACAAAUAAUUUGUUUAUUAUUUUAUUAGGAGUAUUAUUAAUUAUGAUUCUUAUAUUAUUACUUAUUUAUUACAUAUAUCGUCGAUUACGCAAUCAUUCACAUCUAUUAAAUAAUCAAUUAAAGACUAACAACAGUAAUGAUGAUGAAUAUGUUUGUUUUACAAAAUCAGUCAAAUAUCCACUGACUCAAUAUAAUACACAAAAUCAAACAACAGAAUUAUCAUUGAAAUCGAUAAAUAUACCAUUACAAUCAUAUCAUAAAUCAAAUGAUCCUAUCCCUAAUUAUACAGAUAAUGAUGGCGGCGGUAAAGAUAAUGAUGAUGAGGAGGAUGAAGAUGAUGAUGACGAUUUUAAUCGUGAUUUCAAUGAAUGUAAACCAAUUUCUAAUUAUUCAAAACAAUAUCAAACAAAUUAUAUUAAAUCAAAUGUAAUACAAUCUACUCAACAAUAUAUUGAAUCGGCUGAAUUAAAAAGAAGAAAGGAAAAUUAUCUUAAAUCAAUAAAUGAUCAAGAAAAAUCAGAAACACGUUUAAUAGUUGAAAACAACCGUAAAGCUAUUCGUCGUGUAAGUAGUACACCAAAUAUAUCGAAAUUCAUCAAUAAUCAAUCAAACAAUGUCGACAUAAAUCAUUUAUUGAAUUCUAAAGAAGGAGAGGAUAAUGGUGAUAACAAUGAUAGGUCAAUUGAUGAUCAUGAAUUAUUCAAAGUAAACAGUGAAAAUGAAGAGGAUAUUGUGGAUUUUACAUUGACUGACAGUAAUGAAGAUCCAACCGUAAAUGAUACAUCGGAAUCAUUAGAAAACGCAACUAAUCAAUUAUCAUUCAUACCGAUUAUGUAUCCUAACUGGACAUCUGAACGCGGUGUACCAGAAAGAGGUUACAUUACCUUAGCUGUACGAAUUGAAGGUGAUUUAUCCAACAUUAAAAAACAUCCAUUUCUAUCUGUACAUAUAUUUGAUGCACGUUGUAUUCUGAGUAGGAAUGUAGAACCGAAAGCAGGGAAAUUUUAUGUGAAAGCACGUCUUCAAUUAGCUGGUAUAAACAAUUCUGUAUCCAUGUUAUCCUUGGAUCGAAUAUCCACAAAAUCAUUGAAAAUGUUUUCUAAUAAAAUGGAUAUAUUUACAACGAAUCGAAGUUCUUCUGCAGUGCAUAGUGGUCGUACACCUGUGAAACGUGCUUAUCGUUCACCAGUGUUUCGGCAUAAAAUUGUCUUACCUCUACCAUUGAAUAUAAUUGAUGCAAUAAAUAAACGAUCAACAUCACUUUUUGAAUCCAUGGAGUCAAUUUCACCAAUAGACUUAGAAGAUGGUACAAUACAAAAUUAUGAGCUUAAAAUAGAUUUGAAAGAACGUAAUGCAUGUAAAACAAAUGAUUUACAUGGAACUUCUACCGUUCAAUAUUUACCAUAUUGGAGUUCUUCACAACUAAUUGGUAGUGUACGUAUUCCUAUAACAUCUAAAAUGUGGCAAUAUCUAAUGGAAGAUGUAAAUAAAUUACGUCGUUCUACAGUUGUGAACUUAUCAACCUUUCAAGAUAUGAAAACAAAAGAGAAAUCAUUAGAAUUAUUACCAAAUAAAUUGUUAUGGUUUGUUAGGUGUCUGAAAGUUCCUGAUGAAAAUGCCAAUUCACGAGGAGAGAUUACUUUUGGUAUGCAGUAUAAUCAAGAGAAUGGUAGUCUAACUAUUAGCCUAUUUAAUUGUGCUUCAAUGAAUUUGCCUAAACGAACAAAGAAUUUAUUUGUUCGUGCUUCAUUGUGUUCAAAUUGGAAAUUAUUUCGAACUGUUCAAUCUAGACCAACUGCUCGACUUUCAGUGAAUUCAGCAGAGUUUAUAUUGGGUGAGAAAUUAAAUUUCAUCAUUGAAGAAGAUAUUAGUAGUAUAUGUAUAAUACUGAGUGUGUUCGCACGAUCUGGAAGUAAACUACAAGAAGCUACUACACUUAUUGGUCGUUGUGUAACUGGACCAUCAGAUUUAGCAUGCGGUGAUGGACUUUCACAUUGGACAUCAAUCUGUUCUAGACAAGGGAUGAUAAGACGUACUCAUAUUCUCUCAUAAUUAAUUACAGUAUCUAUGUGAAAUAGUGAAUCUUUCAUUUAUAUCAGCUGAACUGUUCAAUGCUUAAUGUGCAUUUUCUUCUUAUAAUAUAAAUGACUGAAAUAUUUUCUUUACUUGAUGACUAAGUAUGUUUAACACUGAAAUGUUGUCUGUUAUUAAUAAAAUUAUGGAAUAUUUUGUUGUAUACGUAAAUAUUUUCUAGAUAUUAUGGUUUUUUCAAUAGUGA